AUGUUUAGUGCUAUCCGCAGCGACUCGCCAUCAGCCUCUUCUUACAAGGGCAGUGAGAAUUUUUCCAGAAGUCGGGAAAACUCGCGUGGGUACAUUGACUCCGAUGCCACAAGUUCUGUCAGCUCCAAAGAAGAAGACCGCCUUGUCACUGGCCUCAGAAUUGAAAUAGAUUUCCGUGAAGAGCGAAUAAAAGAACUUGAGGAGUCAUAUAAUCAGCUUUCGCGAAAGUCGGAAUUUGACAAGGGUCAAAUGCGGUCCCAGCUCCAACAGGCAGAAAAUAAUAUCGCUAAUUCCAAAAAAGAAAUGACGAAGCUACGAGAAAAAGUGAAAAAGGCCGAGAAAGAAAAAUUGGACGCCAUUAACCGGGCAACCAAGCUAGAAGAGGAACGAAACCAAGCGUACAAAGCAGCACACAAGGCAGAGGAGGAAAAGGCCAAAACAUUUCAACGCCUUAUAACAUUUGAGUCGGAAAAUAUUAACUUAAAAAAAAGGCCAAAUGACGCAAUUUCAAAUCGGGAUAAGAGAAAAAAUUCUGAAACCGCAAAAACUGCCGAAGCGGAGAAGCAGAGGGCAGCGGAGGCCACGAAGGCCGUGGAGACGGAGAAGCAGAAGGCAGCUGAGGCCACGAAGGUUGCUGAAGCGGAGAAGCAGAAGGCAGCUGAGGCCACGAAGGUUGCUGAAGCGGAGAGGCAGAGGGCAGCUGAGGCCACCAAGGCCGUGGAGACGGAGAAGCGUAAGGCAGCUGAGGCUACGAAGGUUGCUGAAGCGGAGAAGCAGAGGGCAGCUGCGGCCACCAAGGCCGUGGAGACGGAGAAGCAGAAGGCAGCUGAGGCCACGAAGGUUGCUGAAGCGGAGAAGCAGAGGGCAGCUGAGGCUACGAAGGUUGCUGAAGCGGAGAAGCAGAGGGCAGCUGCGGCCACCAAGGCCGUGGAGACGGAGAAGCAGAAGGCAGCUGAGGCCACGAAGGUUGCUGAAGCAGAGAAGCAGAGGGCAGCUGAGGCUACGAAAGUUGCUGAAGCGGAGAAACAGAAGGCAGCUGAGGCCACCAAGGCCGUGGAGACGGAGAAGCGUAAGGCAGCUGAGGCCACGAAGGUUGCUGAAGCGGAGAAGCAGAGGGCAGCUGAGGCCACGAAGGUUGCUGAAGCGGAGAAGCAGAGGGCAGCUGAGGCCACCAAGGACGUGGAGACGGAGAAGCAGAGGGCAGCUGAGGCCACGAAGGUUGCUGAAGCAGAGAAGCAGAGGGCAGCUGAGGCUACGAAGGUUGCUGAAGCGGAGAAGCAGAAGGCAGCUGAGGCCACGAAGGUUGCUGAAGCGGAGAAGCAGAGGGCAGCUGAGGCCACCAAGGCCGUGGAGACGGAGAAGCGUAAGGCAGCUGAGGCCACGAAGGUUGCUGAAGCGGAGAAGCAGAGGGCAGCUGAGGCCACCAAGGACGUGGAGACGGAGAAGCAGAAGGCAGCUGAGGCCACGAAGGUUGCUGAAGCGGAGAAGCAGAGGGCAGCUGAGGCUACGAAGGUUGCUGAAGCGGAGAAGCAGAGAGCAGCUGAGGCCACCAAGGCCGUGGAGACGGAGAAGCAGAAGGCAGCUGAGGCCACGAAGGUUGCUGAAGCAGAGAAGCAGAGGGCAGCUGAGGCUACGAAAGUUGCUGAAGCGGAGAAACAGAAGGCAGCUGAGGCCACCAAGGCCGUGGAGACGGAGAAGCGUAAGGCAGCUGAGGCCACGAAGGUUGCUGAAGCGGAGAAGCAGAGGGCAGCUGAGGCCACGAAGGUUGCUGAAGCGGAGAAGCAGAGGGCAGCUGAGGCCACCAAGGACGUGGAGACGGAGAAGCAGAGGGCAGCUGAGGCCACGAAGGUUGCUGAAGCAGAGAAGCAGAGGGCAGCUGAGGCUACGAAGGUUGCUGAAGCGGAGAAACAGAAGGCAGCUGAGGCCACCAAGGCCGUGGAGACGGAGAAGCGUAAGGCAGCUGAGGCCACGAAGGUUGCUGAAGCGGAGAAGCAGAGGGCAGCUGAGGCUACGAAGGUUGCUGAAGCGGAGAAGCAGAAGGCAGCUGAGGCCACGAAGGUUGCUGAAGCGGAGAAGCAGAGGGCAGCUGAGGCCACCAAGGCCGUGGAGACGGAGAAGCAGAAGGCAGCUGAGGCCACGAAGGUUGCUGAAGCGGAGAAGCAGAGGGCAGCUGAGGCUACGAAGGUUGCUGAAGCGGAGAAGCAGAGAGCAGCUGAGGCCACCAAGGCCGUGGAGACGGAGAAGCAGAAGGCAGCUGAGGCCACGAAGGUUGCUGAAGCAGAGAAGCAGAGGGCAGCUGAGGCUACGAAAGUUGCUGAAGCGGAGAAGCAGAGGGCAGCUGAGGCCACGAAGGUUGCUGAAGCGGAGAAGCAGAAGGCAGCUGAGGCCACGAAGGUUGCUGAAGCAGAGAAGCAGAGAGCAGCUGAAGCCACCAAGGCCGUGGAGACGGAGAAGCAGAGAGCAGCUGAGGCUACGAAGGUUGCUGAAGCGGAGAAGCAGAAGGCAGCUGAGGCCACGAAGGUUGCUGAAGCAGAGAAGCAGAGGGCAGCUGAAGCCACCAAGGCCGUGGAGACGGAGAAGCGUAAGGCAGCUGAGGCCACGAAGGUUGCUGAAGCGGAGAAGCAGAGGGCAGCUGAGGCCACGAAGGUUGCUGAAGCGGAGAAGCAGAAGGCAGCUGAGGCCACGAAGGUUGCUGAAGCGGAGAAGCGUAAGGCAGCUGAGGCCACGAAGGUUGCUGAAGCGGAGAAGCAGAGAGCAGCUGAGGCCACGAAGGUUGCUGAAGCGGAGAAGCAGAAGGCAGCUGAGGCCACGAAGGUUGCUGAAGCGGAGAAGCAGAAGGCAGCUGAGGCCACGAAGGUUGCUGAAGCGGAGAAGCAGAGAGCAGCUGAGGCCACGAAGGUUGCUGAAGCGGAGAAGCAGAGAGCAGCUGAGGCCACGAAGGUUGCUGAAGCGGAGAAGCAGAGAGCAGCUGAGGCCACGAAGGUUGCUGAAGCAGAGAAGCAGAGGGCAGCUGAAGCCACGAAGGUUGCUGAAGCGGAGAAGCAGAAGGCAGCUGAGGCCACGAAGGUUGCUGAAGCAGAGAAGCAGAGGGCAGCUGAAGCCACCAAGGCCGUGGAGACGGAGAAGCGUAAGGCAGCUGAGGCCACGAAGAUUGCUGAAGCGGAGAAGCGUAAGACAGCUGAGGCCACGAAGGCCAUGGAGUCACAGAAGCAGAGAUUCUUAGAACGUUUUUCGGUCCUUGAGGAGGAGAAAAAGACAGCCUUAAGAGCGGCGGAGAUGGAGAGGAGGAAAAUAACAAACAUAAUGAAGAAUAAAGGUGUACGCACUUCGGAUUCGGUGCCGCUUUUGGAGGGUAAUCGCUCUGUUUCUGAGAGUUCGUGUAGAAAUCGGUUUCGGUUUUCAUGUUCAGUAAUGUGA